AUGAGUCUGAUUGGCCUCGCGAGAGCGGGGUUGGCGAAAGGGUGGCUUCACGUGGCACGCAAGGAUUGGACGGCCAGCGCAAGCAGUCUCCACGUGGCGAUUCGCAACGCGAGGGUGAUGGUUCAGACUUGUCGAGAAGGCGGAAGCGCCACAGGUGCGUGGGGCGACAGUUCACCGCGCACCUUGCGAUAUCGCCUGCUCCUUCCAGUCGCGCCCACUCUUUCUUUCCCUUUCCUCACUGGUUUAUCCCUGUGCCUGUUUCGUCUGUCCCGCUUGUUUCGCCUGUCCCCCCUCUCCUUCCUGUUUCGCCUGUCCCCCCUCUCCUUCCUGUUUCGCCUGUCCCGCCUGUUUCGCCUGUCCCCCCUCUCCUUCCUGUUUCGCCUGUCCCGCCUGUUUCGCCUGUUUCGCCUGUCCCCCCUCUCCUUCCUGUUUCGCCUGUCCCACGUGGCCUUACUCCUGUGUCUGUCGUCGUUGCUCUCGUGUCUUUCCCCGUUCCUCGCCCACCAUCCUGCAGCUAUCAGGAGGGGCGCUGCCCCCGCCGCUGCUGCCACCGCAGGCGCAGGCGCAGGCUCCGCAGGUCCUUUUUCCGCGGCUGCUGCGCGGGUGACGGGCUUUUUCACUAGGCCGCACUUCCGAAGCAGUUCUCCAGCUUAUAACGGGGGUAACGCGGACAGGGAACCCAGCAGCGAUCCGUACUACGUGCCUGGUGCCGCUUACUACGACAGCUUUCAAGCCGCCAGCGUGGAGAAGAGGAAACGUGUGAAGGAGCGGCAGCGCGGGAAAACGCGGGCUGGUGGCGAUGCGGAUGUAGCUACGAGUGGCGGCGGUUGUAGCAGCGGUGGUGUAGGGCCGAGCAGGAGAGAGGGGGGUGCAGGUGCGGUGGAGAUGGGUGAAGCAGGGUGGGAGGAGGGGUGGGUGAGUCCAGUGGAGAAGCAAUAUUUGAGGAAUGAAGGGGCUUACUACAGCACUCCGGCGGCUGCCAAGGAAGGGAAGCAGAGGGAGGCGUUUCGAGAUGGUGAGCGGAGAGUGGUGGUUCCGGAAGGGAAGCAGGAAGGGCUGUCCCCGAACAGGCGGCAAGAGGGGCUGUUGUCCCCUGAUGGUGCCAGUUCCGACAGCCACAUUGACGCGUCCUCCCCACUGCCGCUCCCCCAAACGUACCUUCCGAACGCUGACUAUGCUGGUUUUGCCGGGUAUGGCGGGUACGGUGGGUAUGGCAGCUGCGGGAGUGACUCCUCCCCCACCAUGUUCCCCCCUCACCUCCCCUCGCACCCCCACGAUCCCGCAUGCCCGUCAUCCCCGUCUCAUCCCCACUCGCCCCACCCUGUGUCUGACCAUCAGCAGCACUAUCCGCUCUUCCACCGCCCACACGCGUCCCAGCAGCAGCAGCAGCAGCAGCAGCAGCACCAGCGGACGCAGCAGCAAGCCUACCAAGCCCCCUCCCACCAGCAACAGCAACAGCAACAGCAACAGCAGCAGCAGAGCGCGCCUCCAGCAGCCUAUCUGCUGCGCAGGACGCCCUCCGCGCUGAACCGCUUCUCCCUGCCACGCAAGCCCGGGGAGGAGGACGAGGAGGAGCAGCAGCAGCACCACGCGCGGGGCACGCGGUCCAAACGGCAUGCAGAGAGUGGCGUUGCGCGGAUGAGCAGCAGAGGCAGCAGCCGCAGAGGGCAGCAGGGGUAUGAGCAGGAGCAGCAGUGGGCAGGGUCGGCGGGGCAGAGGGGAGGAGGGGAGGUGGCGGGAGGGGAGCGAAAGGGUGGGGUGGAGGAGGGGGAUGGAGUGAGUGAGGUGCCGUUUCACGAGAUCGUGGCAGGAGCACGGCUGAGGUCUGACUCUUCCCUCUCCCUGUCACAAAAGUCUCACUCCAUGUUGUCGCAUCAGUCCCUCUCUAUUCCCUCGCAUGCGUCAGGUGAGCAACAGAUGCCUGCAGCAGCAGCAGCAGCAGCAGCAGCAGCAGUAGCAGCAGAGUCACAUGCACAGUACGAUUCUGGUUCUCCUGCUGGCGUGGCUCCGUCCCUCGUCUCGUUUGUGCCUCUCCCCCUGAACACGUACAGUGAGGGCGGGUUGGGGGGAGAGGAGGGCACAGGCGGGGGGGGUGGUGGGAGAGGGAAGGGGGGAAAAGGAGGGGUGGGGGGAGAGGAGAAAGCGGGGGAGAGGGAGGGGGAGUGGGAGGGGGAGAGGAUGCGGAAGGACGGCGCUGAGGAGGAGAGGGCGGGAGAGGUGACGAAUGGGCCUGAAGGGAGGAGCGGGGGGCGAGCAGGAGGGGCCUUAGGCGGCUGGUCGAAAGGGAGGAGAGGGACGACGGAGAUUGAAGAGGUGGUGGAAGGGGAGGGGGAGAGGGCGGAAGGGGAAGGAGAGAGGUGGGGAGAGGGGUCGGUAGGAGAGGGAGAAGGAAUGCGGUGGGCGAGGAGGGAGGAGGGGAGGGACUUGUCGAAGGUGGACAGGUGGGCUGCGGAGGGGAGGGAUGGGGGGCAGCAGGUGCAUGAAGGCGAAGACGACUUUUGGAUGCAGCGGCUGGGGCUGCUUCAGGUGAAACCUCAGGUGGAAUUAACAGAGCGUGCAGAAAUGCAUGCCAGCGGAAAUGAACGCAGGGAAGCAGAGAGGGGGGUUGAGGAGGAGGAACAGGAGGGGGGGUACAGGGAGAGGAGUGAGAGGCUGGAGGAGAGGCAGAGGCGGUAUGAGGAGGGGCUCAGGCGGGCGGAGGCAGAGCAGCGAAUGGAGGGUGCGCGGGGCAGAGAAGAGGGAGAGGUUGGGAGGAUGGAGGCGAUGGGCGGAGAGCGAGGGACGGAGCAGCGUGGUGCUGAUGCUGGGUCCCGUGCUGGUGGCACCGCUUAUGGCGCUGAUGCUGAUGCUGAUGGUGCCAGUGGUGGUGCUAAUGGUGGUGUUGGUGGUUACAGCAGUGGGAUGGAUGUGGAACGCCAUGCCAGUCCGUCCAAUGACAUAAAGGAACGCAGUAGUGACAUCUCAAAUGGCGCAGGUGCAUCAGGUGCUGCUGCUGCUGCUGCUGCAGCUGCGGUUCCCAUGCAUGCGCAUGCGUCAGGUGGCGAAGGUGAUGCUGCUGCUGCUGCUGCUGCUACAGCGGCUCCCAUGCAUGUGUAUGCGUCAGAACCAGCCGAUCUUGAGCCACAUGCCAUGGGCGCCCCACCAGACCUGCUGCCGCCUGCACAGAAAGCCAAGGGGCAACAUGCCAUGGGUUACCACCCGCACAGCGUUACUCAUCACCACACACCAAUGCACCCAUCAAGCCCCACCACUGUUCUGCACACUAAUCAUUCUCACACUGCUCACACGCACACCUCUCACGCCCAUACUUCUCACGCACACACGCAUCCGCACUUCCAGCUGCUCUCGCCCGCACACCCCCAGUCACACGCCCUGCUCCCCACCACCAGCCCCCCCGGGCCCAGCGACCCCUUCGCGCCCCUGCCUGCUGCCCUGCGCGCUGGGCUGCUCAGGCGACUCAAGGAGGCCGACUCUGCUGCCGCACUCAAGGAGGACAGCCUUUCUGCUGCCACUGCCGGCCCUGCCACCCCUGCUGCUGCUGCUGCUGCUGCUGGGUCUACCAGCGGUGCUUGUGCUGUGGAUGGGGCAGGUGGAGGUUCCCUUAUAAGCAGGUCCGCUAAGGGUAUUCUGUGUCGGACCAAGGUGCUCAAGGCAGAAGAGGGAGGAGGCAGACGGGAAGGGGGCAGGGGAGAAAGUGCUGCUGAAGGCGCUGCUCGUGUUGCUGGUAGUGAUCGUGCCAGUGCUGAUGGUGCUGGCGAAUCCGCUGCUGCUGCUGCUGCUUAUGCUGCUGCUGCUGCUGCUGAAGCUGAUGCCGAUGCUGAUGCUGCUGCUGCCAAGGCUGGUCUUCUCCCCCCGAGCCUGGUCGAAGCUGUGUUCAAGCCUGGCGCCUUGGGUCGCGCGGCCACAGCCUACCGCUACAGGGGAGGGGGCGACUUCCUGUUUCGCACCCUGGCCACGCUACAGCUGGAUGGGGAGGAGAGGCAGGGGGAGGGGGAGCGGACGGGGGAGCGGGAUGGGGAGGAGGAGAGGCAUGGGGAAGGAGAGAGGGAGGGCGACGGGCAGGCAGACGGUUCCGGGCAGAGGGAAACUAUUCAGGAGCUGCCCGGGCGAGGUGGCGGCAGGAGCGGGGGAGGAAGAGCGGGGAGUGUGGAGGUGAGGGAUGGGGAGAGGAGGGAAGUGGGGAGGGGGGGAAUGAGAGGCGAGAGAGGGGAGGCAGGGGCGGAGCCAGGGGAGGGGGGCGAGAGGGCAGGUACAGGGGAGGAGGACGGGGGCGAGGGGGAAGAGAGCGCGGUGCAGCAGAGCCUGCGGCAGUUGGAGCAGGCGCUGGCAGCGGGGAGAAUGCCCGUGGACGCUGCUGCCCUCCGCCACGAGCUGCUGCUCCUCAUGGGGGGUGGCGCGGGGCACAGGGGGGAGGCGGGAGGUAGCCGGGGGGAGCUGGGGGGAGGCGGGGGGGAGAUGGGGGAAGGCCAGAGGGAGAUGGGAGGAAGCAGGGGGGAGAUGGAGGGAGGCAGGGGCGGAAUGGGGGAUGGCGAGAUGGGGGUGACGGUGGGGGUACGGGGGGAAGAGAGGGUUGGGGGCAUUGGGGCGAGGGAGCGAGGCAGGUGGGAGGUGAGGGGUGAGGGGAUGGAGCAGCGGUGGGAGGGUGGGAGGGAAGAGGGGGCGAGUGAGGGGGGACGGGAGGAAGGGGAGAGUGAAGGAGGUGUAGGGAGUGAGGGGGUUGGAGAGGAGGAGGAAGAGUAUGGAGGGGAGUUGUGGAGGGAUGACAGGAGUGCAAAUACCACCACUGGUGCCGCUGCCGCUGUCGCUGCCGCUCCUGCUGCUGCUGCUGCUGCUGCCAGUGCUGCGGCUGGUGCACAGGGUAGAGGUGAGGGCCGGAAGGAGGGCACUGGGGAGGGAGGUGUGAGCAAUGAGCGGCGGCAGGAGGCAUUGGCACUUGCGACGCUUGAGGCUCGUGAGGAGAAGGUGCAGAGUGGAGCGGGCGAGGGGGAGAUGGUGGCGGCAGGGUGCGGAAGCGAGGGAGGGAGAGAGGGGAUGAGUGAGGGAGCGAGUGAGGGAGGGGAGGAGGAGGAUGAGGAGUGGAGUGACGAGGACGUGCGUGCUCUGGAGCUGCUGCGAGGGGCGGCCACAGUGCAGCCCGUGCCGGCAGCAGCAGCAGCAGGGGGCGAGGAGCCUGGUGAUGGCAGCAGCGCCCUGCCUGCUGCUCGCCCAGCCUGGGGUGAGGAGCCUGCAGGCCUCUCUCCUGCUCAUCGCCCUGCCUCCACUGCUGGCUUUGCUGCAGGGAUGUCGACGGUAGGGGGAGGAGGAGGGGAACCAGGGGGGUUGUCGUCGGCGUGGCACUGGCUGCAGCAGGUGGAGAUGGCCGAGGCAGAUGGGCAUGUGCCUGUGGCGCUGCAGCUGUUUGACCUCGCAGACAAGUGUGACGCUCAGGUGGGUGACUGGCUCGUUGCCGUGUUACGUGAGUGUCUGCAGGGUGCUCUUGAGAACCCCCCUUCCCCAAAACACCACGUGCCUGUGCCGCUGCAGCUGUUCGACCUGACGGACACGUGUGAUGCUCAGGGGCGUCUGUCUCCCUCCCUCCUCAUGUUUCUCUCCUCUCCCUCUCCCGCGUCCUCGCCCCUCCUCCUACCCCCACCUGAACCUUCCGCCCUAUCCUCUCUUCUGCCCGCACACUCUCCCCUCCCCCUGCCCCCCCGCCUGGCUCCUGUGCUGCGCCCCUGCCGCUCCGCGCACCAUCUUGUGGCUGUGUAUGAUCUCCAGGGCGAGCGGGUGAGUGGGGAGGAGUGCAGUGAGGUGGGAGGGGGGUCGGGCGAGGGGGUUGGUGAGGAGGAAGGCAGAGAAGCAGGUGGGUGGGAAGCGGAGAGGAUUGGUGGGGAGGAGGGUGGAGUGGGAGGAUGGGAGGGCGGGAGGGACAUGGGACGAAACAAGAGUUCGGAAUGGGAAGCGGGGGCUGAUGGAUGGGCAGCAGGGAUGGGUGGGAGCGGGGAGGGGGAGGGGGAGGCAGCAGGAGUGGAAGGAGAGGUGAGGCUGCAAGGGCUGGUGGGAGGAGUGGAGGGAGCAUCAGGAGCAGUAGGAGGGGCGAGUGUGAGGGAUGCAGGAGGAGAGGGAGGAGCGAAUGUGAGGGAUGCAUCAGCAGAGGGAGCAGCGAUUGUGGGAACUCCAUCACCUGUGAGGGCUUGGAGUCGAGGGGCAAGAGAGCGGGAGAGGGAGAGGGAGAUGGGGAUCACUGCAGGGAUCUCUUCAGAAGUCACCAAGGGUUCAUAUGAAGGUGCUGAUAACAUCCCCAGCACAGCAGCGUUCGGCAGCCCAUUCAAGGCAGCAGCAGCAGCAGGAGCAGGAGCCAGCUCAGGCUCCCCCGCCCGCCCCCCCUCAUCUGCUCUGUCCCCCAUAAAGCCGUCCUCGAUAAACGCAGCGGCAGGUGCGCCGGCUGCAGCAGCGUCAGGUGGAGUGGGGUACUGGCCGUCUCCCUCUGCCUCGCCCUCGCCUGCCCGUGCUGCCCGCACGGCCCUCUUCUUUGAAACCGUCAAGAGGGCUGCAGGGGCAACGGCGGAAGCAGCAGCGGCGGAGGGGAGUGGCACCGGCAGGGAUAGGUUGGCGUUGAGGGAGGGGGCGAGUGCAGGACGAGGCGGGGUGGGGGGAGAGGAUGGAGUGUCAGGUGAGGGAAGGAGUAGGGGAGGGAUGGAGAGUGGGGGUUCAGGGGUGGGGGUUGGGAGUUCUGGUGUAGGGGGGGGCAGUCCCAGUGUUCUGGAGAAGCUGCGGCGAGCCAAGGCUCAGCUGAUGCAGCUGCAGCAGAAUUACCUCAGAGACCCGCCACCGCACUCCACCGCCUCGUACUCCUCCUCACCUUCAGGUGCUACCACGGGGAAUUCACCCUCGCUGCAGCUUCAGCCAAAUGUGAGAAGAGCCGAGGGUGGUUCUGAAACUGCUCAGGUGGGAACAGCAGCAGGAGCAGGGAGAGAAGGCAUAGGGGCGCCGGGAAGGGGGACAGCAGCAGAAGCUAUUGAGGAAGCCACAGCAAUGGCAGCAGCAGCGAGAGACCGCACCCCCAGCAGCAGCGCGCAGAGCCAGCGCUCCGAACCUGAUCCUCUGCUGCUUGGGCCUACUCCCGCCCGAACCGAUGUGGCUCGGUAUGAGAAGGCUCGGAAGGGCCUGCCGAGCCUGGAUGAGGAGGCGCCGAUUGCGGGGUGGAGUUCGGACGAGGGCGCCGGGAGGAGCGGAGGAGACGGAGCUAGAGACAGAGCAGGGGACAGGAAAGAAGCAGAAAUGGGAUAUGGAGGAGAGGCAGGAAAAUUAGAAGGAGGGAGAGAGCAUAUUGGUGGAGAGGGUGCAGUGGAAGGAACAGGCCUGAGUGUACGAGCAGAGUCACCCGUGAGAGGGGGCUGGAGCAGAGGCUCGGGAGGUGUUGGGAGGGUCAGAGGGUCACUUGGAGAAGCGACUGGUGCAAGGCCAGAUGAUGGGGGUGUGGGAGCAGGAGGUGGGGGCGGAGGAGCGGCAGGAUCAGAAGGGAGGGAGAGAAGGGGGGGAGUAGGCAAAGGAAAGGAAGGAGGGGAUGGGGCGAUGGAUGCGGCAAGUACGCAGCCAAUGGCAUGGAAAUCAGUCAUGGAUAUGGAUAUUCUGCAUGGAAAGGAGUAUCGGUGGCUUGAUUGA